CCUCAACUUUUACAUGUCAGUAUAGCACACGUUUUCUUCUUGAGUAACGAAUCCAUAAAGUGGCACCUGUAAACUGCUUGACAUCCAAGGCAAACCAUAAAAAAAGAAGAAGAAGAAGAGAAGAAGUAUCCAAUUCAAAUAAAGCUUAUUCCAUACAAAAGCUUGCAGCCAGCUGAGACCCCUUUUCUUUUUCUUUAUCUGCUUCCCUUCCUCAGCUUUCCUCGCAACAUUGGGAUUAAUUUAGAAGCUUGCCAUGGCCUCUCUCAAACCUUCCCACUUCUUCUUUGUGGUUGUUCUUGCCAUUUUCUUGCUUUCUCAUCCUGUUCACAGUAAUGAUGAGGAAGACAAUCUUCUUCAAGGACUCAACAGUUACAGGACAUCGGUGAACCUCCCAGCAUUCAACAAGAACAAAAAUGCACAUUGUGUAGCAGAGAAAAUUGCAGAUGACAUAGACGACGACCAGCCAUGUACGAACCCCAGCAUUUCACGAGGCAACGAGACUAAACUAUCCGAAUAUCCAAAGGCAAUAUCAAAGUGCGGCAUUGAUGUCAACACCACAAGUGAUGUAAUCGUGCUGCCUGUUUGCGUACCGAAACUGGUUCCAACUCUUGUUCUUACCAACUUCACACGCACUCAUUACUCCAAGUUCAUAAACGAUUCGAGCUUCACUGGAAUCGGGCUUGAUUCGGAAGAUGAGUGGAUGGUGGUUGUCCUUGCCACCAACACCCCAGCAGGGAGCCUUGCGAAUGGAGCUUAUUCUUUGGUUAAUGCAAAGGUUGGCCUAGGCCAUCAUUACAUGCUACUUUUCUUGUUGGGUUUUGUUCUUUGUCUUUUGCACUGAAAUUGCUUGAACUCCUCUCUUCUUUUCUAUGUGUUGUUCUUUGAUACCUUGUGGACUUUGAUUUGUGGGAAGACUUUGUAUUUUGCUUUGUGUAUGACAUUUGUGUUCAA